GCCCAUAUCUCUUGUGUUGAGUCCAUCCUUAAUGGAUCCAUUCAGUCCGUCUACUAUGCACAAGCUUCCACCAUCGCCAAAGAGUCCAAUACCGCAAUGCCAUCUGUGGAGGAGUUCAGGAGGAUCAGCUUUGACGAGUUCACUAUUGGGUUCUAUGGAAUUCAGAGACAAACGUUCAUCGCUAAGAUCAUAGCAAGGCAAUUCAAGGAUCCGUUGACAAGGGCUAUGCGCACAAACAAGACUGCUAUCUGGUGGGGCAGGGACAACUUUGUGCUAUACGUAUUGGCUGCCGAGGUUGGUGCUCGAAUAGCUGCUGAAGAAUUGCACAUAGAUUUGGAUGAUGUGUACGACUUGUUCCUCAGCACUGUUGAUUACGGCAAAUACAUCACAGACCUCGAUCCGAUAGAGUAAAUACGGGCUGCUGUCUUCAAAUACAUCGAGCUCAGAUACUCUCAGCACUCGAUCGGCACGGCAAUAUCGCUCGAAUCCCUCAUCAUCGUUGUAUAGCUU